GACGUUGCAUCAGCGACAGCUUGUAGUUUCAGUUUCUCUUGGAAGAGUAACUCUUUCUCAGAACAAGUGUGUGGCAAACAAUCCUAAUCCUAAUCUAAGUAGUGGUAUUUCUCCUAAUACGGGACAGGAAAUACACUAAGUGUAUUUAAUCCUUUUCUGUCCAGGCCUUAAAAACCUUUACAAAAACGGAUCACAUGCUUAUAUGAUUUUCCAAACCGAGCAUAAACUCAGUGUUACUGUCAAAAUAAAUUAUUGCAUAGUCAUGAUUGAGUCAUCGAGAUGGGUUAGUCUCUUUGCAGUGACAGCUGGACUUUGCUCUUUUUUUUCCCCCCUUUGGAAUUGCUCCUUAAAAAUCUGUCUUAUGUCUCACAUUUAUAUGCCACUUUUUGCUGUCCUAAUAACCUUUAAAUCUAAAAACUUCUAAUUUGCUGCUGGUGUGGCAGGGCUUAGGAAAGCAAAUAAUCUUAGAAGAAGGCAGUGCAUUGGGUUCCCAAAUUGUUCCAGGGCUACCAGCAUCAACGUCAGCGGGGAACUUGUUGGAAAUGCAAAUUUAGGAGUCUUACCCCAGAUUUAGUGAAUCAGAAAUCUAUUUUAACAAGACUCCGAAUUGAUCCCAAGGCACCUGUGUGCUAAAGCUUGAGAAUUACCGGCCAUAGUGAUAAAGAACAGCCAUUGUGAAGUCACAGAAUGGAAUUUGAAUCCAGGUGAAACCUUUCUUAGGUGUAGGACCUGGGACAAAUUAGUUAAAGGUUACUUCAUAGGACUGAAAGUAUUCAGUGUAAAAAUGCAGGAAAAGAGUUUAACACAGGUGGAAAACAAAGAGGAGAUGUUAUUAAGGAACUUGUUAGAACUGUCUAAAAUAAGUACAUAGAUUGUGCUGAAAGGAUCCUUCCUUGAUUUAGAUGUGAGUUGUAGUGCACAAAUAUUGUGCCUCUUCUGCUGCUUAGAGGGCAGUUUAUUUUUAUGGAUUCUCAUUAUAUUGUAUACGAUUGAGGCUGUCGAAUGUAGGAUAUUCAGUUAAUACCAAUGCUGUAGUAUUUUUAAGAACCGCAUUAGUAAUUGUGUUAAAGAGCAGUUUUUAAUUCUUUGGCCUUUUGGUUUUUUCAGCUUCAUUGUACCUUCUUUUGACCCAGAAUUUGGUAAAGAAAGUAGAGUGGAUAACUGAUCGGAGAUCAGCCUUAGCCUUAGAGUUGAGAAGUAUUAUAGAGCAGUGACUUGGAAACGAGAGACAAAACUGAAGAUGUUUCUGUCCUUUUUUCCCCAUGUGUCGUACAGCUCCACGAUAGCAAAGAAGUUCUCAUCAUAUCUACUUACCUGUGUUUUCUGGAAGCAUCACAGGAAUUAAGUUAGAUGUGCCCUCCAUCUGCUGUUUUUACAGAAUGUCAGCUGCAGUGUUACAGCUUUUUCCUUCCCCUUUUCAGGGGGUUGGUGUUGGGGGGAUAAAGAGAAAUAUUCGGGAUUUGAAGCAGCUGACCUAAAGCCUAGACUCAUUGUGAUGUUGAGAAGAGUCUGUAGCACCAUGGCCGAAACAGCAGGUCACUUUGAUUAGAGUCCACUGCUCCCGAGGCCACACCGUGGCUCCUGGGUAUUGUGGGUGAGUUUUCAGAUAACUGUGAGUCAGUUUGGCUAUUUAUACCCUAUAAAUAAUUUUGUUAAUGCUAAAUUAACACUGUCCCAUCAUGAAGUAUUCACUUUUCAAAGGCCGCGUUUUUCUUGUUCACUGUGUCAGAGAGGCUGAUCUUUAGCGGUGGCUUUGGGUCAGGCACACACCCUGCUUUGAACCCCACUUCUGCUACAUACUGAUUGUGUCCAGUAGACAAGUUACAUCCUCCCAGCCUGAAUCUCCUUUCCUAUAGAGUAGGACUCUUGGUGUGUGACCACCUCAGGACAGUGAAUAAAAUGAAAUCAAGUGGAAAGCAUGUCUGUUAACGCCGAGAGGCUCAGUAACUGGUGCAUGUUGGACAGGGGAGAAAAGGAAGUAAGUGGAGUUAUCAUCAUCCAUGGAUAAGGAAACCGAAGCUCAGCAGGACUGAUUAUGUGAUUUGCCCAAGGCCACGUGCUAGCUUGAUAUCUAACCAUGCAGCGGAGGUCAAGAGGAAUUAACACUGGGCUGCUCCUGCUCCUUUCUCAAAUCUUCCACGUUGGGAUCAACAAUAUUCCACCUGUCACCCUAGCAACCUUGGCUCUCAACAUCUGGUUCUUCUUGAAUCCUCUGAAGCCGCUGCUGGGCUCCUGCCUUAGCGUGGAGAAGUGUUACCAGCAAAAAGACUGGCAGCGCUUACUGCUUUCCCCUAUUCACCACGUGGAUGAUUGGCACUUGUAUUUCAAUAUGGCUUCCAUGCUCUGGAAAGGAAUUCAUCUGGAAAGAAGACUAGGAAGUAGAUGGUUUGCCUACGUCAUCACCACGUUCUCCCUACUCACUGGGGUGGUGUACCUGCUCUUGGAAUUUGCUCUGGCAGAAUUUAUGGAUGAACCUGACUUCAGAAGGAACUGUGCUGUAGGUUUCUCAGGAGUUUUGUUUGCUUUGAAAGUUCUUAACAACCAUUAUUGCCCUGGAGGCUUUGUCAACGUUUUGGGCUUUCCAGUACCCAGCAAAUUUGCUUGUUGGGCAGAACUUUUGGCUAUUCAUUUCAUCUCGACAGGGACUUCCUUCGCCGGGCAUCUGGCCGGGAUCCUUGUUGGACUAAUGUACACCUGCGGACCUCUGAAGAGGAUCAUGGAGACGUGCUCAGGUACAGAGCAGAACACUCCUGGCCUGACAGGCGUUUUCCCCUCCAAUAUUGAUUACCCAGGACAGCAGUACUACUUUAAUAGUUUAGGCUACUCUGGAUAUCAGGAUUAUUACCCACGUGGCAGGCCAGGUUACCCUGAAGAAGUACCCAGGAACUUUGACGCGUAUACAGCGGGACUGAGUGAAGAGGAGCAGCUGGAGAGAGCGCUAAGAGCCAGCCUCCGGGACCAAGGAGAUCGCAGAAAUAGCCCCCCGGCCUAUCGGUUCCAGCUCACACCAGAAGAAGAAAUGAGGAGAAAGCGGCUUCACAGAUUCGACGGCCAGUGAGGUGACCCAGCCAUGUGAACAAGUGUGAUCCAGCUGUGUUACCAUUGUCUCCAAGCCCCCACUUAGUUUUGAACAAAAGCAGAGGGCACUAUGACCGUCCCAAUUGCUCACAUCUGCCGUGGCCCUUCGUCCUAUGGCCUCUGUGAGUCUAAUUUGCAAGCAGAUUGACAUCUUGAGACCAGGCUUGUUGGAUGCAGCUCACAGCUCUCUGGGAGUGGCCCACCUCCUGGCCUUGUCUUCUUGCAGACAGAAAGUCAGCGUCUCCACCUAGGGACCAGUUUCCACACUCAUUUCUCUCACUGCUGACUCAGCCUUGUUUUGUCUUUGAAGACCGUGACCUUCGCCAGGAGGUUUGUGUUCACCAGCCCAGAAGAUCAGGCCCUCAUUCUGCUCAGUGCUCGACUUGGAAGGAAGCAGGGAGCCAUCCCUCAUCCUCCUGGCAUGUUUCCAUGGUGACUUUCCAGGAACAGGACGUGGCUACCAUCGCAGGCUGUCGUUCCGGUCUCCUUUGCCCAAGCGCCUUGGCUCCUUGGGCCCCCCAUAUCUGGAUGGUGGUUGCAGUGAACCUGCUUUGCUGUGCUAUCACUCUGCCUUCACGGGAUGUGUAACUGGAAAAGCUCAAGUAAGACCUCAGAUGGGAAACCACUUACACACUCCAUGACACAGCAGGCGGCAUCCACAGUUGGGCUCCCAGCAGCCUCUCCAGUGGCGAUGUACCAUCCCGGGGAUGCAACUUGUAUUGAACUAACCAGCAAAGCAGCCAGAGUAGUGACCAGUGGGUCGGUCACUGAGAAAUCCCUCGUGACGAAGUAUUUUUUUCUCAUAAAAGUGCCUUUUAAUUGACCACUGUUAACAGCCACUUGUCCUACUCACCCGUCCAAGACACUCCCCAAACCCACAGACUGCAAGUCACCUAAGGUGUUUCCUGGUGCUGGUGUUUCAUGAAUAAAAGGAAAAAGUCACAUAUCA